AUGAUAUUAGCCUCCCUGCAGCUGGGACAGCUGUUAAAUGGGGUCUGCAGCCUGGCCGAGGAGCUGCGCCACAUCCACUCCAGAUUUUAUAGAGAGGAAGUCAGACAGGGAGGGAGAAGAAUAGGAUUUGAUGUCAUCAUGUUGUCCGGCAUCCACGGGCCUUUAUUCAGAGUUGGGUUAGAGCCUCCACCUGGAAAAUGUGGAUGCUAAGUUGGGCAUUAUGUGGUUAACCUGACUUAUUUUGAGCAGUUGGCUCCCGUCUUGAGGAAUGCAGAUUCCAGCAGUGGCCCAGGGCAAAGAGUGUGCGUCAUUGAUGAGAGCGGGAAAAUUAAACUCUUAAAUCAGCCUUUCAUCUAAGCUGUUUGUGAGAUGCUAUCUACCCCAGGGACUAUAAUCGCUGGCACAAUCCUAGUCCCUAAAGGAAAACCACUGGCCCUUGUAGAAGAAAUCAGAAACAGAAAUGACGUGAAGGUGUUUAAUGUCUCUAAGGAAGACAAAAACCACCUUCUGCCAGAUAUUGAGAUGUGUGUGCAGAGCAGCAGGAAGUGA